AUGCAAGAAGCCAGACCAUCCUUUGAAGAUCUCGCAUUAGCUCUGCACGAGCAUAUCUUCGCUCAGCCCCAAGAGAGCUUUGCGAACCAGCCCUGGAAGUUGGUCAAGGCCAUAGAGACCUUCGCACGGAACAAGCGGAUGAUAAUCUUCAAAGAGAACAAGUUAAUCUUACCCCGUCAACAGCUUCAAAGUCUGCAGCCAUCUCCGAAGACAAUAAUCGAAUUCGGUACCUACGUUGGUAACUCCGCCAUCGCCUGGGGUGCGAUUCUACGCGACCUGCAUGGCGAGAAUGUGCACGAUUGUAACGUCUAUACUUUCGAACUGAGCCCAGUAAGUGCUCAGGUAGCUCGAGACCUCAUACGUCUCGCUGGGUUGGAAGACCUCGUUCAUGUCCUGGAGGGGCCUGCUGCGGAAUCGCUCAAGAAAUUGCAUGUAGAGGGAAAGGUGAAGGCGAGAGGAGUGGAUAUGGCGUUCUUCGAUCACUGGGAGAAGUUCUAUUUGCCUGACUUGCAGCUCUGUGAAGACCUCAAACUGUUCCACAAAGGGUCUCUGAUCAUUGCGGACAAUACUGACAAGCCUGGAGCUCCUGACUAUCUGGCGUAUGUCAAGGCUGGGGGUCGAGGAGGGAAGGGGGCUGUUCGGGCCGUCUUCUCCCUCAUCAUCAUCAACAAAGCGGGCGGCUUGAUCUACCAGCGCGAAUUCCAGCCGGGACUGCGCAAACUCUCCACAAACGACUACCUCGUCCUAGCAGGGACGUUUCACGGCGUCCACGCAAUCACCCGCUCCAUCACUCCCAAGAUCCCCAUCUCCACGCACCUCCCAACAACACCCGCCUCUUCCUCCUCCAACGUCGCCCUGUCAUCGCCCUCGGGCACCUCCACACCGACCCCGUCCGUGUCCGCAUACAGCCUUCCUAACCCCGGCGUACCAGCGACAGGCCUGGAAUCGCUCGAGACGGAUAAGUUCCGGUUAACGUGUUUCCAGACGUUGACGGGGACCAAGUUCCUCUUGUUCACGGAUCCGCUCAUGGCGAAUAUCGAUGUGGUGGUGAAGAAGAUCUACGAGUUAUAUUCGGACUAUGUGAUGAAGAAUCCGUUCUAUCAGCUGGAGAUGCCUGUCCGGUGUGAGGCGUUUGAUCGGCAUCUAGCCGGUUGGUUGAGAGGGAGGACAUAA